AUGAAAUCCAAGAAAGGGCAGGACACCAGCCAGUACUGUGAAUAUCAUAAGGAUACUGGCCACACCACACACAAUUGCAUCAGUCUCUGCCAAGAGAUUGAGCGAGCCCUCAAGGAGGGAAAACUGCAACACCUGUUACCGAAAGCACCAAAGCAAAACAAGCGCAUUACUCCAUACGAUGAGGGCACCUCUAGUGGCAAGAAAGCCAUGUAUGUGGCAACCACCCACAUGAUCAGUGGGGGCCACAGACAGCCGCGCAAGGCGGCAAGGAGGGGGGACGACGACUGGCGUGAUGAACAGGUCAUUUUCCCCAAGGUUCGAGGCGGACCGCACGACAGGCGCGCCGUAGUAAUCAUCGGCUACCUAGCACACUACUGCACCGAGCAUCUAUUUAUAGACCCGGGCAACACCUCCGACAUAAUAUAUGAACAAUGCUUCAACCAGUUCGAUCAGGAGGACAAAAAUCAGUUGCAGCUGGUGGAUUACCCGUUGGCUGGGUUUUCAGGGGAAACAGUGUUCCCUCUCGGCCAAAUUACAUUUCCGGUGCGCCUUACCAACGGUAAGCACACACCUCCCGAUAUGACGUGCUUCUCGGCAGAGAAUCACAGGGCGACUUCAACAUGA